AUGGAGCUGAACGACAUACGGAGAAAGGUUGAGAGCGAAAACAACAACCGCAUCCACAUCGCGAAGGCCAAGUUCCGCAACUGCUUAUGCCUCUUCAACAGCUACUCCAAGUGUUACGUGAACAUCAAGAAAAGCUCCAACAGGGAAACUUCCAAAUAUGACAAAAUAUAUGGAAAUGAAAACAUCAGACUUGGGGAAGAAAAGAAAGCGAAGAAUUCGAGCAAAGAAACAUCGCUCGAGUUUACCUAUCCCUACCGGUACGAACAAAACAGAAGCGUCUUCCUAAUUAUAAACAGCGAAAACAUCAAUUCUGGAAACUCUAGCAUAUGCCACAACGACAUUAUAUACAUUAUAUAUAACAAUAAAAAGUAUGAACAUGUUAAUGUGCAGAAGAGGAAAAAAAAGAGGAAAAAAAAAACGGAAAAAAAAAAAAAAAAAAAAAACGCCUUACAUGAUGGGAAAGGAGACAACUAUGGCAGUCUAAUGGGUUCAAUACCGACCCAGCCAUUCGACACCAACCCGAUGUACAAUAGCACAAUAUUCGAAACAAACAACAUGAAUUUCGGUGAAACAUAUGAUAGUAAAAAAAAAAAAAAAAAAGAAAAAGCGGCCCAAGAGGGCCUAGCGGCAUUAACAAGUAAGGCAGGAAAAUUAAGAAAUAAAAAAAAUUUCAUUUACUCAGAUGAUGACGAUUCAGACAACAACUACGAACACAUUUUUACACACAUCAAUUCUAACCUGCACUUUUUGAAGGGGUUCCCGGAUCUUCCACCCCUUCAGAUCGACAAAUCGGUCACACGUGAAAAAUUUGCGUAA